AUGGCCCUAAUUACGUUCAAAUCCUUCGAGAACACCUCCUCCGUAGUGCCAGAAAGCAGUUCGGUCGAUGCUCGCAAUUGGAGCAAGGCAACGAUCCCCAAUAGGAAUCUAGUGACGAAGCAGUUCCUAUUCGAGGACGUACCCGAAACGAUCGACCGGCCGUCGAACUCUCCCGACGUCAAUCCGAACGAGAACCUCUGGUCGAUUCUCAAACAGCGGAGCGAGAGAAAUGACACGGACCCGUGCUUCCCGAAUCCUUGUGGGGCGCACGCGAAGUGUCGGGCCAGCGGCGGCCAUCCCGUGUGCUCGUGCAUCUACUACGGGAACCCCGAGACGAGCUGCUUCAAAGGUGUAUGCGUCGAGACUCAAGACUGCAGCGACGAUCGAGUGUGCAAGGAUUUCUACUGCACGGAUCCGUGUCCAGGGACGUGCGGGAGUGGUGCCCAGUGCAUCGUCCGGAGACACAUCCCCGUCUGCACCUGCCCCGCGGGUCACACCGGCGAUCCCUUCGAACGGUGUCGACGACUCGGCCCCGAGGAGCUGUGCGAUCCGUCGCCGUGCGGAAAAAACUCCAAGUGCGAGGUUGCAUUCCAUCUGGCCAUCUGCUCCUGCCUUCCCCAUUUCUUCGGGAACCCCGUCCAAGGGUGCAGAGCGGAGUGCGAAACGGAUUCCGCCUGUGCACAGACACAAGAGUGUCGGCUGUACAAGUGCGUGAACCCUUGCACGGAUGCGUGCGGGGAGAACGCGGAGUGUCGUGUGGAACAUCACCGGGCCAUCUGCUCCUGCCCCAAAUAGUGCGAUCGUCGGUCGGAAAGUCGCACGCGAGAGUGGCGUUUCUGCGGUUCUCAGUUCGAGACCGUCACGGGGCAUCCGGGACGCAUAAUAUGA